GGGAUCUGUAGCUGACUGAGAGAGAGAGAGAAUGAAAGAGAGAGAGGAGGGACCGGCUGUGAUAGUGUUAGUAAACGAGUGUUUGGAUCACAUCAUAUGAUACGAGAUCUCUCAAGCUUUGCUCUGUGCAUUCGAGGCUGCAUUUAAAAAGCGAUCAUUUCAGGAUGCAGCUAAAUGAGAGAUUUUUUAACUCCACUGUCCCGUUCUCCCACAUGGACCAAAGGGACAUCAAAGUUCUCAACUGCCCCAGCUUGAGCCCCCCAGCCUCUCGCACGGAGAGCAAAGGAGGAGAGAGGGACAAACAGGGGCAGUUGAGCACCUGGAUCAAUCGUGGAACUGCACACCAUGAGUGGACACAGAGGACCGAGAAACAAUCCAUCAUUGCACAGGCAGAGUGCGAGUCCCAGGAUUCACAGGAGUUCUGUCCCAACGGCAGCAUCUCCUCCCAGUCGCUUUUUGAAACCAUCUCACGCAGUCGGCCUAGAAAGAAACGCCAUAAGAAACGGCGAAAACGGGGAGAGAGGCAAGUGAACGGGAACAGCCAGGUAAACGAGUCCUUGGGAGUCACUGGAGUGCCAGAACAGGACAGCGGCGAGUGCAUUUCUUCAUCUUUCAUUCAGGUUAGACAUCCAGUGUGUGUCAGCAGCAGCAACAACAACAACAGUACGUACGGCAGCAGUGGGCUCAGCACGGAGCGGGUGUCCGUGCAGGAAACAGAGGGCCCGUCUUACUCUUAUCUGUGGGAGUCCUUACCCAAAGUCUCCUCCUGCCAGAGCUACGGUCAAGAGAGCGGGGAGCUGAAGUCUCCCCUGAGAAGCGAGACCGAAUGCCCUCUGGCUGUUACAGCCCUGAGGAACUUCGUUACAAGCGAAGAACGCUGCUUUGCAUACGGCUUUGUCAAAGACGUGCUGAGAGAGGAGAGGGAGAGGGAUGAGGACGAGAGAGAGGACAGCGAAAAGAAUGAAGGGAUCCUCUUCAAAGAGGGACUACAACCAGUGAAUUAUGAGUACAGAGAGGGACGGGAAUAUGAACGCUGUAGAUUUCUUAAGCAGGGCUCCUUUGGAGAGGUCUACAGCAUCAAAGACAAAGGCACUGGCUUCAUGUGUGCCGCCAAAAAGGUGCCAUUGGUGAGUUUCAGCAGUGAGGAGGUGGGCUCGUGGAGUGCCCUGCAGUCUCCUCAGGUCGUGGAGCUCUUUGGAGUGGUGCGUGAAGGUCCUUCCAUAAUCCUCUUCAUGGACCUUAAAUCCAGCUCUCUAGGACAGCUGGUGGAGGAACGAGGCCGCCUGCCAGAGGAUCUGUCCCUGCACUACCUUCAGCAAGUACUGGGGGCACUAAACCACCUGCACAAGAAGCGUGUCCUUCAUCUGGACAUCAAAGCGGAUAAUGUUUUGCUGUCAGAAGAUGGGAAAGAUGCAUUCCUGUGCGACUUCGGAUUCUCUGAGAGAUUGGACGAACAAGGGCUUAGUUACUGCGAUAGUCUGAAAGGCACAGAAUCACACAUGUCACCUGAGGUUGUGCUCAAUGAGCCGCGCUCUUCAAAAGCAGACAUCUGGAGCAGCUGCUGUAUGCUUCUGCACAUGCUCAACGGCUGUCACCCGUGGACCCGCUACUAUUCCCGUCCACUAUACCUUAAGAUAGCAGAAGAUCCUCCGCCAGUGAGGGAAAUCCCACAUGACUGCAGCUCCUAUACAGCAGACGUCAUAAGAUCAGGACUGCAGAAAGAUCCAAACAAACGAGCCUCUGCCAAAGAACUGUUUGCUAAAACUGCCAAAGCGCUUAAAGAAGUGGGGGGACUUCACAGCCCCGCCAGAGGAGGAACCUAUCAGAAACCGCUGGGGAAGCCAGAGAAUCCAGACUCCGCCCAUUCGGCCACACCCACCACAUCUCGCCACACCACGUCCUCUGAUAACUCUGAGCUGCAGUGGAUGAGCUCAGAGCAGAAGAGGAGAGCCGGUGACGGGGAACGUAACGAUAAGCCGGACAAGCUAAAACAGUGGAAACAGACUGAGGAGACAAGAAACCGCGACCACUCUCCUCUGAAGUCACUGUUACACAUUCAGAGCGCUUCACCUGAGCCACAGAUCGUCAGUAAGGCCGAGCCAGAACCAACGGUCCCGGAAAAAGAGCUGUUGAAAGAUUUCUACGUGAGCAGUCUUUCCCAUCCUCAUUCUGCUGAGCAACAGGAGCAGCUGCUUUCCACUAGAGAAUACUGGGACAAGAAGGAUUCGGGGCGUUGGUCAGUGGGCCCCGGUGAUGACCUUAGCUCAGGCGUGUUUUCUUACAACAGCCUUGAAGGCCAGAGCUUCAGCAGGGAUUGGCUCGCCCCCACGCAUCACCCCCGGCCCCGCUGCUUCGACGGCGUGGAUGUUUAUAUUAGGGACUUUGACGGGAAAUGCUUUCAUAUUCGGGAGACGCCUGGGGUGAAAGUAGGCCACAUUGCAAGAGGAAUUAGUGAUCAGAUCUCAGAGAACGUCUUCAGUCUGCAAACAGAGGAUGGAUGCUUGGUGCCCCAUGACAAAGAGGUCCUAGAUAACAGCCUGUUUUUGCGCUGCGUCCCGGCCCCCGACUCCAGCCACUGCUGCACCCUCGGCCUCGACUGUAAACUGCCGUGGAGCUGGAGGAUCAGAGAGGGAGUGCUGGAGACCAGACGCUGAGCGCUGUUCCAGUCAAACCACUUUUGCUUUGAAUUAGUAUUCAUAAAUCUCAUCUAUCCUAUCCUCAUCAUCUGUCAAGCCGUUGUCAUAUUAUUGCUUUACAUUCUCAGUAUUUUGUUUUUACUGAAUAUGCAUGUCUUUUUGCUGUGCUGUGUUGUGAAGAUCAUAGUGAGUCUGCAAGAAUAGCGAGAUGGCAAAGCAUUUAGUCAAUCAAGUAUAUGCCUUAAACAUUGAGCACUUAUGAAUUACUUUUCAGUGUCAGUACGGUUUACCUGUGGGACAUAAAUAUGUACAUCAAAAUUUUAAACGAACUAUUUUAGAGUCCUUCAUUAAAAAUAAACUUGUUUUUCAUUCUA